AGAGUUAGCCUUUGAUUGGUCAGCUUGACCGGCGACCUUUCCCCUCUGCGACAGUUUCCCGAGGUACCUAGUGUCUGAGCGGCACAGAGGAGAUCUCGAUCGAAGGCGAGAUGGCGGACGUGCUAGAUCUUCACGAGGCCGGGGGCGAAGAUUUCGCCAUGGAUGAGGAUGGGGACGAGAGCAUUCACAAACUGAAAGAAAAAGCGAAGAAACGGAAGGGUCGCGGCUUUGGCUCCGAAGAGGGGUCCCGAGCGCGGAUGCGUGAGGAUUAUGACAGCGUGGAGCAGGAUGGCGAUGAACCCGGACCACAACGCUCUGUUGAAGGCUGGAUUCUUUUUGUCACUGGAGUCCAUGAGGAAGCCACUGAAGAAGACAUACACGACAAAUUCGCAGAAUAUGGGGAAAUUAAAAACAUUCACCUCAACCUCGACAGGCGAACAGGAUAUCUGAAGGGGUAUACUCUAGUUGAGUAUGAAACAUACAAGGAGGCCCAGGCUGCUAUGGAGGGACUCAAUGGCCAGGAUUUGAUGGGACAGCCCAUCAGCGUUGACUGGUGUUUUGUUCGGGGUCCACCAAAAGGCAAGAGGAGAGGAGGCCGAAGACGCAGCAGAAGUCCAGACCGGAGACGUCGCUGACAGGUCCUCUGUUGUCCAGGUGUUCUCUUCAAGAUUCCAUUUGACCAUGCAGCCUUGGACAAAUAGGACUGGGGUGGAACUUGCUGUGUUUAUAUUUAAUCUCUUACCCUAUAUGCAUACUAUUUGAGUUGCGAAUAAAUGUUCCAUUUUUGUUUUCUACAUUUAAUAUUACUUUCCUAUCGUAAAAUUGAAAGUUCUAAAGCAUAGUAAGGCUGUAUGGAUCAUUGUGAAGAUAAUUCUAGGGACUGAACUCUAUUUCUUUUUUUUUUGAGAUAGAGUCUUGCUGUGUUCCCCAGGCUGGAGUGCAGCUGCGUGAUCAUAGCUCACUGCAGCUUCAAACUCCUGGGCUCAAGCCAUCCUUCUGCCUCACCCUCCCUAGUAGUUGGGAUUACAGGCACAUGCCAGCAUGCCCGGCUAAAUUUUUAAUAUUUUUGUAGAGAUGGGGUCUUGCUGUGUUGCCUGGGUUGGUUAUGUGAAUUUCUAUACUAGAUACAGUCUCAAGUUUCAGGUAGGGUUUAAAGUAGACACUGGUCAGUAUUUCUUUUUUGGGGGAACUAGGAGAGCAGGAGUAGAAGUGAGAUGUUAAGAUCUUAUGGCAUUAAAGACUUAUUAUUUUGUUCCUAUAUACUCUGUUAGGAUCAGAUAGAUGUUAUAGAAAUGUCUUUUGUUUCUCCUGCACUUCUUGAUGUCACAGUUUUUUGUACUUCCUGCUGUCUAAGGGCAUGAAUCUCCUGUUGGAGCAUUCUCCCAGACCCUUCUUUAGAAGAGUCUAUACUAAGCUCUUGGUGCCCUCUUCGGCAGCCAAGGGUGAAGGCCCCAUAGAGGAGAGGAUCCAAAGGAGCAUUGAGGAGGCCAAAAAGGAAAAGGAUGUGGCUCAGGCUGGGAGGGACUUCAGUUAGCAUGGUGGGGGAGAACCAGUACCACAGACCCAGUAGGUAAUAAGGUGUCCAGCAGAGGAUGAAGGUCAGCAAGAUAAACAGGGCCAGUCUCAGGGCCCGGAGACGAACAUGGGGACGAUUGUCAAAGGAGCGGCAGAGGGCAAAUUCACCAGCAGGGGCUAGGAAUUUAGAAAACAUACUGUAAUUCAGAGUCUAAGCUUCUGAACUGAGUAUAGGGUGAACUGAUGGAGGGGCAUAGCUAGUGACACAGAGCUUGCCUCCUACAAGGAGGAGAAUGCUGCAAACCCUUUUCCCCUUCCCAACCUAGGACUAUAUGAUCUCUUAUCCCCAGGGAUUAUGAUAGAAAUGUGAAGCCACCCAGUCUACUUUAAGACUUGAUGGUGUUCAAGAAUAAAUAAUACUGAUUGCCUCCCUAGUCCUUGUCUAGCUAACUCAGCUGUUUAUAAUUGAAAGGAUUCAACAAAAUUAGCAUCAGGUGCUAGACAUAUGGUUAGGAUCUCACCACAGUUGAGUGACUGGUAGAUAGCUAUUAGGUAGGUAGAUAAAUGAUGCUAGAGGCAACAGAUCUAGGGUUAAGGAUUAAGGCCUGGGAAUUGGAGUCUCACCAUGACUCCCCUUCCUUGUCUGAGGGCUGGACACACUGAGGACAAUGCGGCUAUAGCAGAUGGCCAUGGCAGUCAGUGGCAGCAGAAAGAGGCAGCAGAAGGUGAGGAGGUUAUAGGUGGUCUCUUGCCAUCGAGCCUUGAAGCUGCCUUUGGUGACACACUGAGUGAAAGGGACUGGGCCAGCUCGGUGGACGGUAUGGAACAGGAACAGCUGGAGUGGAGUUCAGGACUAUUAGAACUGGUUCCCCUCACCACUCAGCCUACCCACCUAUGUCAUACUGUCUCCUCCCAAUUCAUCCUUAAUUCCAAGUGAAGCAGCACAGUGCUGAAAAACAGUUCAUCCAUGGUGCCAUGUUAAAGAGGUUGGAAAUAUGUCUUGAAAAUCCUGUCUUCCUUUUAGGCUUGAAUAUGAUGCUGAGCAGUGAGUUUGUUAAAUCUCAGAACUUAAAACAAUCCCACCUUCUCAAGUACUAUUCUAACACUGCGCUUUAUAAGGGAUGAUAUUUCUACCACCUCACUCAUAUUUUUAGCUGAAAUGAUUUUCCUGGUAUGUCUGUUAUUUUGUGGAAAAAGAAAAACUGUGUAAAAUGGGUGCUGCCAAAAUUCCAGGCCAUUUUGCAGUGACUCUGAAGUGACCUUUAGUAGUAAUAGUCUUAUGUGCAGUAACUAUAAUGGUAAAGAAUGUUAAAUAAUAAAAUUUAACAUUUUCCAAAUGCU